AUGGAGAUUCUAUAUAAAUUCGAUAAAAGCAUACAAAUUAAUACUCGACGUUUUAUAUGUCUGGGAACAGUAACAUGUUUGUGUGUCGUAUUGACAUCUUUAUCUGUGAACUUCAGAAACGGAAAAUUAACGUAUAGAGCAUGGUUGCCAUUUGAUUAUUCGUCAACAUUAUUGUUUUAUCUGAUAUAUACUCACCAAUUGAUAUGUUUAAUUGCCGGAGGAUUUCUAAAUAUUGGUUGCGAUACUCUCAUCUGUGGAUUAUUGGUCCACAUUUGCUGUCAAAUUGAGAUAUUAACUUAUCGUUUGAAAAAUAUUGUAUCUUAUUCAAAUGUACUUCGCGAUUGCGUACAUCAACAUUAUCAUAUCUUUAGACUUGCGUUUAUUGUAAAUGCGAAAUUUAGACUAACUAUUGCUAUCCAAUUCAUAACAAGUACAUUGGUGGUGUGCUUUAGUCUUUAUCAAUUAAGUAUAGCAACAACAAAAGCUAAAUAUAUUGAGAUGAUAUUAUAUAUAUCUUGCAUGUUAACAGAAAUAUUCUUCUAUUGCUGGUAUGGCAAUGAAUUAAAAAUAAAGAGUCAUCAAAUGAUCGACAAUCUUUUUGAAAUUGAAUGGUUGGCAUUGGACGAAAAUAGGAAGAAGUCUCUAAUGAUAAUAAUGAGCCGGGCAAUCGUACCUAUUCAGAUCACCUGUGCUUAUACUGUUCCUAUGGAUCUUAAUUCCUUUAUGAGUUUACUUAAGACGUCGUAUUCUACAUACAACUUACUUCAACAGAUACGGGAAUAA